AUGGCGCGUGUUCCAGCAUUGGGGAAAUGGUCCAUUGGAAAUUCCCCUGGCGCAACGAGCCUAAUCGAAAGUACACUGCUUUAGUGCGUAAACACAGCUUCAUGGUGUUUUUCUAACAUUGAAACCAGCCAUUGUCGUUGUUGAUAGAAGUUUUUUUUGACUGCUGACGUACAUCAUGAUCACCUGACAACAGGGAAGCAAGCUGAUUUGUGUGGGACAAAGUCACUGUCAGAAUGCUGAGCAAGAAAAAGUUUGUGGAGCGUCGUCACUUCAUUAAAAGAAAGUUAUACAACCUUCUACAGAAAGAAUCACCCCAUGGAGUGCUCAAGCAUGACUUAUGGAAUUUGGUGGCCAGUCGUACAGGUCAACAAGUUGCAGCCCACUAUUAUGGCGUUGCCAAGAUGCACCUUUUACUGGAGAAGUUUGAAGAUAUGGUGUGCGAGAAUGUUCGUGGUGGCAAGACCUAUAUAUCAUUAGUCCAAGGGUAUGUUCCUUCUGAUGCUGAAUCCUCUUCUGAUGACGAUGAGACUAGUGACAGUGAGGUACAAAUUGACCAAGUGUCGUCAUCCAGACCAAAUAUCCGGGCUCUGCAACCAGGAAAGAUAGCACCCAAUCCAGGAAAUGAUGGCCUGUUGCGCACACCAGGCCAAGGUUUAGGAAACUGCCUCAUUCCGAUUGCUCCUUAUGUACAGCAGCCGCUCAUGCUCCUCCAUCCUAUGCAGCCUGUCCAACAGCCUGUCCAACAGCCUGUCCAACAGCCAAGACUGACUUUCCAGGUGCCAGUGCCUCCCCAACGUAAAACCUCUCAGCACAGCACCCCGAAACUUCCGACUGAACAGAACAUGGAGUUAGAUGAAGAAGACUUUCCAACUUUAAUGUCCCAGCCGGCAAAAACGGAAACAUCCUUGGAUGCAAACAAAACAUUAUUAAAAAAUAACUUGGUAUCUCUUCUUAAAAAUUUUCCCCAUGGAAUAAAGAAGUCAGAAAUCUGGAGGGUAUACAAUGCAACGUAUCGUCUUCAACCAACCGCAAAGAACUUUGGAGUGACCAAACUAACAAAUGUGUUAACAGAAUUUUCAGAAAUUGAAGAAUUUGUAAAGGGGGAGAUACCGUUUUUGAGAUUGAAAAAUCAGGCUCCUUCACCAAGCUUUGGUCUAUCUUGGGGUCAGGGAGUACAGAGCCAUAUGUUGGGUCAGAUCCAUCGGGAAAGAUCUUCUUCCACCAGCUCAGUGGAAUCUAUGGCCAGUUCCAGCAGUAGUGCUCAGGGAACGCCAUUUAAGGGUAAGCAUACAAGGUUUAGUUCACCAAAGAGAGAAUUCAUCGACCUCACAGAUGCAUCAUCGUCAUCGAAGAAAAAUGGACCUUUCAUUGAUCUUACAAAAGAAAAGGAAAAAUCUCUCCCUAGCAAAGAUUACAUUAGCUGUGACCCAAAGGAAGGUACGGCUAUGUCGCCACAACAACAGGUACAGCCAGCCAGUAGUGUGUAUUUGAAGUCAAAAAUACUUCCAUUGAUGCCAGCAGGUACACAUCAAGGGGGACAAGUGAUAGAUCUCACAGAGACACAUGUUACACCCAUCAGCCGGCGCGAGAUUGAGGAAAGGGAGAUUAGAGUGUCUGCCAUAAGGGGCUACGACGGACGCAGACGACCACCACCUGAUGUUCUUGAAAAUGCUGCUCAGGAAUGCAUUGAGAUUUUGGCAGAAGCUAACCAAUAUGUCUCGCUCUACAGGGUGGAGGAUCUGAUAAAAAGAAGGUUCAACACAAAUAACAUUAUGCAUCUUGGAUUGAGGUAUUUUGAGCAAAUCAGUUGCAUAAAUGAAUUCAAUCGUAGCAUUGCAAAGGUCAACGCCUACAUCCAGGCAUUUGUGAAGACCAGGUCUAUAUGUACGCUUUAUGAACUGAACCAGUGUCUGUUAGAAUACGCUCCAGACAAGGAAGAUUUUGCUUCAUUCAAAUUUGGCCCUCUGCAGCGUAUGCCAGAGGUGUAUAAACUGUUCAAGUUUCCCACCGACUUUGCAGACAUUCCUGAGAUCACAAGUAUGGAUGUCCUUGAACACUUGCGCAAUUUCAUGACCAAGCACAACAAAUGGUCAGAGCGUCUGGUUAUGGAGGAGUUUAUGAACUAUCUGGUGGAGGUCUAUGAAGCUGAGAACGCCUACAUGCUUGGGGUUAGACUUCGUAGUCUGCCUCUCGCUGCAAUGGUUUUAAAAAAGGCACAGCGUGAUGUUUCAUCAAGUAGAAAAGUCAUUCAUGAAGGAUUUAAGGAGGAGUUGAGGCAGCAGAUACAGCAAGCUUUCCAAAAGUUCCGUGCCUCCAUCUUACAGCCUGCGGGUGACUCGAGCCUUCAAGUACGGCAACACUACCUUCAGCUCCAACCAGAAACAGCAAUUAUGGAGAUAUUUCAGAAGUUCCAGUUAAUCACCCAACUAGAACAGCCAUCCACGAAGUUUGAAAGGCGGCAGUUUGCUCAGUUCCAAAAAGUGGUGUCUGACUUUCUAAUGGCGAUCAAUGCAGAUUCGUUAGGAUCCAAGCUGUUCCACCUGGCAGUGUGUGUUAGUAACACAGUACUAGAGGAGGCAGCCUGUGAACUUCUGUCUCCCUCGACAGAAAACCAGGAACAGGUAGACACAAAACAGGACGGAGAACAGAGACAACCACCCAGGAAAGGUGAUGUUAUGGAAAAUUUGAAGAAGUACCUGGAGAGAUGUCUUGGGCACGGAUCUCUGAAGCUGUCCCAUAUGGAUAUGAUUGAAGAGAAGCUAGCUGAUGACUUUGAUUUCCCAAGUUUUAUUGCCAUGGGACAUGGCCGCUUCCUAGAGUUUGUCAUCAGGGAAGCCAAGUCGUUUCUGGACGAGUGUGGUGGGAUGACAAUUGGUAUGGGUGUUUCUGGUGGAGACGGUGACUCUGUGUACAGACCACAGAAGUCCGAGGUGCUGGAGUUCAUGCACCAGUGUCGACAGUGUGGCUUAGAACAGAAUGAGGAUUUGGAGAAGGCGAUAUGUCAACAGUUUAGUGUGCGAGAGCCCAAGCAGCUUGGGUAUGGAAAUAUUGGGCGUCUCCGUACAGAGAGUGAACGGCCAGGCAAACAUCAGUCCAAGGAACACACUGUGUUAUAUGAGUCAGCUCUUGGAUGCAAUCCCAGUACGACACCCCGGGGUCAGGUUGGUAUUAUUGGUCAUCAGACACGGGAGACAGCUCUAGCCUGUCUACACAACUGCCCCCUACUGGAGGACUUGGCAGACUGGAGCCAGUGGACACUGGUGUUUGAGCCAGAGCAUGGCAAACUGAAGGACUUCCUGCAGAAGUAUGGUGGCUCUCACAUCUCCACCAUUGAUGGUAAACGUAUCAUGACAACAGACAUCCUUGCAAUGGAGACCAAACCAGGCAAAUUUCUAAAGCUGACCAGUCGGACGUCUCCGGAGAUUUUUGAGCAGUGUUUGAUAGACCGUAACGUGACUGGAGUGUGCGGUCACCUGAUGUCAAUGGUUGUGACCAAUAAAGGUCUGGACAACACCCCUCUGGCCCUACUGACCAACCACCUGAAGACAGCACUGUUUACCAUGCAUGGCUCAGAGAGCAGCCACAGCCUCCCAGGAGCGCCCCCUAUGGGUGGUUCUGCCAAUGCAGCUGUGAUGUUCGUUUUGGCCUGCCUGGUAAAGCUGCCAAUUCGUAGCUGUGUAUCCAUGGCUGAUAAGGUGUUCCUUGAACCCCUUGGGCAUGUUGUGGGCUCUACCAAGUCUAAGUCUCUACUGUUAGGGGCAUGUAACAGUGUGUAUGACAGGAACCGCCUACAAGAGCUUGGUUGUCUCUUGGGCAUUGAUGAAUGGACACAGCUGAUUCAGUCAAAGUGUUUUCUGCCUGCGGAUGCUAUAGAGGAAAUCCCCACUGAUGAGGCACAGGAGUUCUUUGGACAAGUGGACCAGGUUGAAGAGAACAGUGACGAUGACUCUGACGAUGAGUCCUCUGAUGCAUCCUCUAUACUGUCCAGCGACGAUGAGGAGGAGGAGGAAAAGAAGACAGAGGUGUCGGAUGAAGUGGUGAUUGUUGAUGAAAUAGUGGUUAGUGGGGAGGACACCUUGGACAGUCAGAACACAGACAGUGUCAUAGACAUCACAGAAAAAAUUGUGGAAUUAGAGGAGGACAAGGACAAGGAAGAUGAGGCAAAUGAUGAGGAAGAGGAAAAUUUGACCGAAGAGGAAAAACUGGAGCGACGUUGCCACAAGAUCAUUGACAGUAUCCGUCAUGACGAGUUUGGUAUAGGAGUAGAACUUAAUGAGGAUGGCCAGAGGUUGAUGCUAGUCCAUCAGGAAAGACUUGGACGCAGUCUGGACCGACUUUCUAAGGACCUCUACAGCAAGGAUACCCACUUUGUGCUGGAGCUGGUACAGAAUGCUGAUGACAACACUUACCCUGACACAAUGACAAGUGAUGUAUGUCCCUCGGUGACAUUUGUUACGAGACAGGAUUCUGUCAUAGUCCUGAACAAUGAGAGUGGCUUUGAGGAGAAAAAUAUCCGUGCCCUUUGUGAUGUAGGCAAAAGUACUAAAGGAAAACACACAUUUGGCUACAUAGGCCAGAAAGGUAUAGGAUUUAAGUCAGUGUUCCGUGUAACAAGUCGGCCUGAAGUUCACUCAAAUGGUUACCAUAUCUGCUUUGAUGCCAAAAGUGGCCCUAUGGGUUUUAUACUGCCCCACUGGACUGAGGACACCUGGGACGACGGCAAAGAUUGGACUACUAAGAUAGUGCUGCCAUUAAAAGAAGAGAUGGGUACUCAGUCUUGUUCUCUGGCCGCCCGGUUUGAUGACAUCCACCCUUCACUGCUCCUUUUCCUUCACCGCCUUCGACGAAUCACUGUCCUAAACAAGGUAGACGACUCGACUCAGGAGAUGCGACGUCGCGACCUUGGCGACAGUGUGGUGGAGAUACAGCACAACAAAGGCACAGACAGAUUCCUGGUCAUCAAGAAGUCUCUGGACGCUUCCAAGAUUUCUCUCCAGGCUAAAUCAGGAGUGGAGGUAGACUCCACAGAGAUAGCCAUGGCCUUCCCACUUAGAGCCAAGGGUCAACGAGGACACACACUGGCCAAUCAACCCAGACAGCCAGUAUUUGCUUUCCUGCCACUCCGCAGCUACGGAUUCCGGUUCAUUGUGCAAGGUGACUUUGACGUGCCAUCUAGUCGUGAGGACGUGGAUAGAGACAGUCCGUGGAAUCAGUGGAUCCGCAAUGAGCUCCACACCCUGUUUAUUGAGGCUUUGGAUUUGUUCAAGUCCCAUAAGGAGUUCACUGCCCUUGAAGCUGUCACAUCCUUUCUCCAGUUUGUCCCCAUGGAGGAUGAGAUCCUAGAUUUCUUCCGACCUGUUGCUUCACAGAUCCUUGCUAAACUCAAGGCUAAAGCAUGUGUGCCUACACAGCCAAACAGCAAAGGUAUGAUUACCUGGAAGAUGCCUUCACAGACUGUGAUUGUUCGGGACUCUUUGAUUUGUGAACUCAUCACACCUGAGAUGCUACAGAAACACCUGAACCUGUUUUAUGUGCACCGUGAUCUUGCCGAGUCUUUGAACACAACCUUGACACAGUGUCUGGGCAUUGAAUGUUUGACCACUGACCAUCUGAUACAGAUCGGAAAGGCUCUGAUUCUUGACCGCAGCCAAGAAGAAGACUUUGACAAUCAGAUCCUCAUCACUUCUAAGUGGCUGGCAUGUGUGUACCGGAGUCUGGAUGAAUUCCAUGACAACCAGGCCAUCCUGGACACUCUGAGCACCCUGAAGAUUCUGCCUCUUACUACCUACCAAUUUGUGGCUUUAACAGACAAAACAAUUUUUUUCCCUCUGACAGAGGAUAAGAAAACACUACAAAGGGGAGAUCCUAUGAUGGUCCUGCAGGCAGACCUUAACACCAUUCAUCCUCUCCUUCUGGCCACCCCUGACAGUGAAGUUAACUCCCAGGUGCAGAAACUCCUCAACAAGCUCAGCGUGAAGCGCCUGAUGCCCAGUGAUGUCAUCACACAUCACAUUCUUCCUAUCCUCAGCUCUGACCAGUGGCAGAACAAAAAGGAUGAGACUCUGAUCAGCUACCUUGUGUAUAUAAAGGAAUGUUAUGAGCAGCAGAAUUCCAUUGUGGACCUUGAGAACUUGUCCACUGUUGCUAGGCUAGUAACCAACCAUGGGGUUAAGAAUCCCAGAGAUGACCCUCUUCACUUCACACUUGCCUAUGGUAACACCAUUGACCUCAAGGCUUGUUUCCCAGGCUAUGACUGGAUCCUCUUGGACGGUGUCUACCUCAACAACUGUAGAAGUAACAUUGAGAUACAACGCUGGCACAGCUUCCUAUCCAAACUAGGCGUCACCAACUUCCUGUGUGUACGGUCAGAAAAAGUCAAGAUUGACUCCAACACUAUUUCAUCCAGUCCUUGGGCUCCAUUUAAAGAGAUGUGGGGAGAUUUGCAGGAAGGCACCUAUGUGCAGGACUGGUGUAGCAGAGAGUUGGAGAGUAUUAUCUCUGACAACCAAAGUCCUGGUUCAUAUGAAGGUCAGAUGAAGAUGCUCUUUCAGCUGCUUGAUAAUGCUUGGGACAAUCAGUAUUUGAAGUAUGUGUCAACUCAGCUGUGUACAGCCGAGGGAAGAUUGAUCAAGGAUACAGAAUCCUCUCUCAGCAUCCUACUACGAACACAUAGUUGGUUGCCAGCAUUAAAGAAGGACUUGAAAGCUGAUUCUGUUGGCAAUGUAAAUGUCUCUAAUAGUGUGACUAUGAUGGCACCCUCAUGCAUAUACCAACGCUUGCCCCAGAUUGAGAAACACCUGUCUCACACAGUCCGCUACCUGGACGCCAUUCCGUCCAAUAAAAGCAGUUUCUGUCAGUUCCUCAGACUGAAGACCUCGGUGGACAUUGAUGAGGUUAAAACAAGUUUAAUAAGCUGGGGUUCACGAUCUAAUGAGAAGGAGCCAGCAGUCUUCUGUACAAGUCUACAGCACAUCAGGACAGUGUACCUCUACUUACUUGAAAACCUCCCUCCAAAGAAAACACAGGACUUAUUAAUGGAAAACUCUGUUAUCUUUGUACCAAUGGCAACUUCGCUCCCCAAUUAUAACCCACCAGCAUCAACAGAUGUAGCUGGGAAGAUGAUGAAUAGACAGGAGGUUUGGUGGACAGACAAGACAGGUCUAAUGGAAAAACACUGUGAACUUCUACAGGAGUAUCAUUCUGACCUGGCCAGGAAAAAGACUUUGGGCCAGCUCUAUUAUGAGAGUGACAUUAAAGAGUUCUUUCUACGUGUCGGUAAGAUUAUCUACCAGCCUAGCAUGGUAGAGUAUGCCGAGCUACUGGUGUUGAUGACCAGCGUGAUGCCUACCGUUGACAGAGCCAAACUGCGUGAUGUAUUUCAGCUUUAUUCGACCAUCGGAUCUCUCCUUCAGGAACCAAAUUCAGAUAUCAGCCAGUCCAGUUCCAUAGAUCAGGAUGUAAAUACCAAGAGACAAAUCCUUGAAGGUGAGAAACGUGAGCUCCUUGGACGGUUAAAAGGUCAGAAGAUUCUGGCCACAAAGAAGGGUCAGUGGAUUAGCAUGGAUCAAAACCCUAUGAUCAGUGACAGCCGUGAAUUUGAGAAAAUGUUCAGUGAAAAAGCAGACGUUCAUUUCAUGGAAUUGGAUGACCCCAAGACAAAGGACAAACGAGGGCGCCAAUCCAGACCUUAUGAUACGGAAGCCUUGCAUGUGUUUCUGAAGCUGUGUAAGGUCUGUAGUUUGACAGAGAGUGUGGAGACUGAGGAGAUCACACCAGACUUUCAGCAAUGUCCCAAGCUUCAGUUUUACAUCCAUCAAGCUGUGCCUCAUAUACAGGACUUCAUAUACAACUGCUACCCACAAAUCUACCAGCUACAGACAGAUGAUAACUUUGCAAAAACGCUACCUGAAAUGAAUUUUUUCCAGGUAUCCCGACUUGAGGUGCGAUAUUUCCUGCGGUUCCAGCACGAGAUAUAUCACAUACAGCCUGAGAAAUGCCUCUGCAAAGGCUCCAUCUUCUUCUUCCACAAAGAUUACCUGACCUCCUACCAAGACAUCAAUAGAGAAAUAUCAAAGUUUUUCAGCAGGAAAGAUGAGAAAUGCUCCCGUAAUCUCAGAACUUUCCUGAACAGUAUGAUGCCAAUUCUAACUGGCCAAUCAGAAGGCUCCUUGGAUGAAAUUUGUGAGGACAAUGGAGUUAUAGAGUUUCUUCCUGAUGGGGAGGAGCGUUGGUGUGUCCCACCCCCUGUAAUGCCUGUUGUUCCAGAACCUCAACCACAAGUUGUUGCUGAGGCUGCUCCCAGUGAAAUGAAAGAGAAACCACAACCAGAGGGGGAGCCGAGACUGACAGCAUGGCCACCUGCCUCUGAUACCAAUGCCAAAGACCAACAAGGCAAGAAGAGAGUCCCAAGAGAAGAGGGGUCUACUGGCUCCAAUAUAUGGCCACCUCCAAAGGCACCCGACUAUCUCCGCAGUGUGAGAGAGCUCCCCUCCGGGGUCAAAGUCACAGAUGAAGAUUCUGAAAACAAAUCUGUCCAAGUAGACAAAUCAGAAGCAGCAGACCCAAGACCAAGAGAAGGUACUACCAGUGAAUCUGGGUCGGUUACUGUAUACUCUCGACAGGACAGCACUGGAGAAAGUGGGGAUGGAAUGAAGAGGAAGCGAGCAGACGACAGUCAGUCGGAAGCUGGAGAAACCAAACGUCCAUACAGUGGAGGGGAGGUUACCGAACAAUCCUCUGAAAACCAAGGGGUCAAAAGGUCAACAUCAAUCCAGUCAGGACCAGAUAAGCCAGGGGCAGAUAAGCCAUCUGGUCAGCUGACAACUGGUGAAGGACAGGUCGAGGACAAAGAGUCUGGAACCAUGACUGGUAACAAACGCCGUCAUCCCAACGAUGGAUCACCACCUCCCACAUCCACCAAGAAACCUGUUCCUGGAGUACACUUUGGUGACCCUGCCUGGGCUAACAUUUCCAGUGAUUAUGUGUUUGAAGUGCUCGACAUCAGUAAAGAUCUCAAACUUCCAGAGAACGUAGUCCUUGAUUCUGGUGCUGGAACUGAGGAAGUAGGGCAGUGGGGAGAAACCCUGGUUUACUACUAUCUCCUACAAAUGCAGGAGAUCAGUUCUGAUAUCAUACAGGUUACAUGGCACAAUCAGCAAAGAGAGACAGGGUUACCAUAUGAUUUUGAAUUGCAUGUUGCCACGGAAACUGGGAUCUCUGUGAUAUAUAUUGAAGUCAAGAGCACUCUAUCUGACAAAAAGGAAGUUUUUGAGAUCUCAGCACCACAGAUUAAGUUUGCUCAAGAGCAGAAAGAGAACUUUUGUAUCUACCGCGUAUUUAAUGCUGGAAAUACGGACGUCAGAUUAGUCAGAAUUCACAACCUGGCCCUCUGCAUGGACCAGAAGCAAGUACGCCUGUGCAUGGUGAUAUAAAUCAAACAACAUACACUUUUGUAGGGGUAAAGGUCACAACUCGGUACUCAUGCUCAGACUGACAUUGUUUGAAUGAAGUGCUUCAUCGAGAUAUGUCUCCUAAAUGAAAACACACACAUAAUACUCCAGAUGAACGUUUGGUUUUAUGCUCAGAGAGCACAACUUUAACAGCAGUGUAAUCUCUUAUCUAGAGUUGUUCUUAUCAGCAUUGUCAUAUUGAUUUGUUGGACUUUCCAUAAAGCAACAUUUUGAGAGAAUCAGAAAUAUUUUGUUUAUAUUAUUUGAAAUCCAAAGUGAACAUUUUUUAUGAAAGUGACAAGAGGAUAGGGUACAAGUUGUUACAACUGUUGAAAGGCCCUCCCCCCUAUUGUUACAGAUGUGACAUCCGUGUCUAGUUUCACUUUUCAUUACAGCAGACUAUCAUUAUCCCAAAGACAUUAUAAAUUCUGAUCCUGACCAUUAUAAAAAAAAUCAGUAGGCCUGUGUUUUGAUAUCCUACAAAAAAUGGUGUUACACAGGUCACUGGAAAGGUCACAUUUUUCUAUGGUUCAUAUUUUUAGAGUUUAAUAAAGUCUUUAAUAAAAAGGACACAAGUGUAUAUACUCCAUGAAAGUUAUAAAUUGAUUACAUUUUUUAAAUUGAUUAUAUUUUCAACAUACAUGUAUGUUCCAGAAUUGUUUUUAUUAUCAUUGAAAAUUGCAUAAAAUAGAAAAAUUUGAAAAUGUCAGCCUUCAUGGUAUAUAAUUAUUUAGACAUGAAAUAGAACAAUAGAAGUAUGAUAUAUAUAUAGACAGUCUUACUGGAAUCAAUGUCUUAUAGAAUUCAUUAACCUCCUUUAUUUCAUUUGUCACAAGUAUUAAAAUCUUGAUUUGUGAGAUAAUCAGUAAAUAUCACCUUACAUUCUUACCUGUAAAACAGGUUAACUACGACUCUGUACAUUUUCCCUACGUGGACAAUUGUGUGAUGUCAUAAUAAAAUUAACAUUAUACCAGCAUUAUAAUGUGUUCCGCAAGUUUUUAGAUGUGUAUGUUACUUGGUAGAGCAGUUAAGCUAUGUGAUAAUUGUAAUAUGAUAGUCCAGUUUAGAUUUGUGUAGAUUUACUAUUGUCGUUGUUUUAUUGCAUUAUAAAUCAUCUAUAUAGAGGAAUUCAUUCAUUUAAAUUGCUUCUGUGAUUUCAUCAGUAUUUUGCUUUGUUGACUUAUUAUUGGAUGGGAUAGAUGUUUACUAUUGUGUUGUAAUAGAGGCUAUAAGUGUACAUGUUUUGGUGGUAAUUUAAUAUUGUUGUUGAUUUAAUUAUGAUUGCACUGAUUGCCAUUCUAAUAUGUAUAUUAUUUUCUAUUGCGUAUAUUCUGGCUGCAUCCUUUUCCACAAUAUUCUUAUCUGUGGAAAUUUUAAAACACUAUUACAUUUGAAUCCCCCAAAGAAUGUAGCCUUACAGUGUAAUGUGAUUGGUACAUUAAACUUCUGUAAGGAAUUGUUUGUAAUAA